GUGCAUUCUGGGGCCAGGCGGGUGUGCGAAUGUAGGGAGUAGUGAGUGCUAGGAAUGAAAUAUAUUCAGACUGGUUACAGUGUAGUCAGGAAUAGUUGGGGGGAAACAUGCUGCAACAGGACUGUGUGCGCUGUUGAACAGGUACACAGUGCAGUAAGGGAGGAUAUAUACAGAGAGCAACAAAACCAUCCCUUGCAGUUUUGUAAUUCUCCCUUUACAUUGAAAGGAGGCGAGAAAGGCGGAGAGAGAGAGAGAGAGAAAAUCAGCGUGUGCAACCAUAAAAAAGCAAGACCAGGAAAUUAGUCUGUAGUACCUCCGCUAGCCUCGAAAGAUUGUAAAGGUUAACUUCGACCGAAGCCGAACAUGAGUGAGACCAGUAUCUGCCAAGCUCGAGCCACUGUGAUGAUCUAUGAUGAUGCCAACAAGAAAUGGGUCCCGGCGGGCACCGGCCCACAGGUCUUCAGUCGCGUCCACAUCUACCACAACCCUGGCAACAACACCUUUCGAGUGGUGGGACGUAAAAUCCAGCAGGACCAGCAGGUGGUGAUAAACUGUCCGAUCGCCAAAGGCCUCAAGUAUAACCAGGCCACGCCGAGCUUUCACCAGUGGCGGGACAUGCGUCAGGUCUGGGGGCUGAACUUUGGGAGCAAGGAAGAUGCAGUGCUAUUUGCCAACGGGAUGCAGCACGCCCUUGAGGUCCUCGAUGGCACAACGAGUGCGGGUCACAGUCUCCCACGGACCAUAAACAAUGGACCAACAGCCGAGGAGCUGGAGCAGCAGAGGAGGCAACAGCUGGAGCAGCAGCAAAAGCAGGAACAGCUGGAACGUGAACAGCAGGAGCGACGCAAUGCAGCACCCACUCCCCCCGCUGCUCCCUCCCCUGCCGGGGGGGCUCCCGGACCCCCACCUCCACCCGGACCCCCACCACAGACAGGAGUGCCUCCUCCACCCGGACCACCGCCACCCUCGGGGGGAGGCCCCCCUCCCCCGCCGCCCCUGCCCCCCCCCUCCAGCUCGGAAGGGGGCAGCUCCGGAGGAGGAGGAGGAGGGCUGGCCACGGCGCUGCAGGGAGCCAGGCUGAAGAAAUCCGUCAAGUCCGAGGAGAACGCAUCGACCGGGAGCUCGAGCCCCAAGAUUGACGGCAACCGGGGCGGUGGAGGGGGCGGAGGAGGAGGCGGGGGUGGCGGCCUCAUGCAGGAGAUGAGCGCCAUGCUGGCACGAAGGCGGAAAGUAGCAGACAAACCACCUCCAAAGAAGGAGGAAGAACCAAAUCAAGAUGCCAACCCAGGGACUAAAGCACCCAUUCUCCACAGCAACGAGUCGGUUAAGAGACCUUGGGAGCGAAACACCUUGACAGUGUCCAGAGUGAAGUCCGCUCAGAGUGCUAACGAGGCGAGCUCAGAAGACAGCGAUGCGGAUCGGAUGAAGCAGGAACUGCUGGAGGAAGUGAAGAAGGAAUUGCAGAAGGUUAAAGACGAGAUCAUCGAAGCUGUUCGGCAAGAGAUGCGGCGCUUGACUUCGUAAGAGUUUCCACAUCCCAUGUCUUCUGUCAAGACAAGUGAACGUGAGCGAACAUUGGUCCUGCCAACAGCCAGAGAUGUCCAUCUUGGCCAAGGAGCACAAAGACUUAUUUUUAAAAUUUUGAAAAGAGAAAAAUAAGAAAAAAGAAAUGUUUGGAUGGGGAAUGAUAAAUGCACCUCUUACCCAGUUUCGCCGAUGAGUUUAAAUUUGUUUUAUUUUCGCCCUUAUUGAUUCUGCAUUUUAUUUUUUGAGUUCUUGAUUAUCAGGCAGGUAUGUAUUAUUUUUUUUCCUUUAUAUUAAAAUAGUGGUGAAGGUUUUGUUGACUCUGUUCCUUAGUUUUCUGGCCGUAGAAACUUCCCGAUUUAAUUUUAUUUUCCUGAUUUUUUUUCUUAUCGACUGGGACAGACAAGUGAUGUGGGGAGGCCUUAUGACAUCCACUUUAUGGGGUGGAUCUUAAAUUGACAGGAUUCCUUUGUAUAUUGAGCUAUUUGACCUGUAUCCCUUCACUGAUCAGUAUUUGAAGGAAAGGGGCACCUUUUGAUGUGGUUCUGAUUUUAGCCCCAACUGAAAUGCUGGUGUUCCCAAAUCUGUAGAAUGGGGUCAUCCAUCUUAAUGGAGACCUGCCCCCUUUCACAUUCCCUUCUGGGAGUCAAGAAUAGUUUCCAACUUGGGUUAAUUGUGUAGAACUUAUUCCGAGUGUGUGCCUCACCAUGAUCUCCUGUGGUCAAGGGUGGUGAGGUUUCGUUCAAGGUCUGCCCAACUGUCAGGGUAUUGAUCAAGCUGUGGUCAUCACCAUCCGAUUCCCUCCCCACUCCCCCCAAAUACCGCCCUCCCCCUCCCCCACCUCCCACCCCAAGACCCUGAGCUCUGCUUUCCCUGGAAGGAUGGGCCAGCGGGCUCAGGAAGUGGGAAAGGAGGGGGAGGUGGAACUCCCAAUUUCUACACGGAGUGGUAGCACAGACACAGUGAUGUGGAGACUGCAGAUGCUGGAAUCCGGAGCAAAACAAAAGUAAACUGCUGAAGGAACUCAGCAGGUCGAGCAGCAUCUGUGGAGGCAAACUGCUGGACAGUAACUACAUAGCGGUGUGGCUAAGUUGCUGGAUGUGAAAUUGAACCCUUCUUUGGCAGCUGGGGAUUUAAAUUCAAUUGAUUUUCUUUUUAAAUCUUAAAUUUCUUGAAAAAAGGUAACCAGGAAACUAUCAGAUAGUUUAAAAAAAACAUCUGGUUUGCCAAGUCCUUUAGGGAAGGGAAUCUGCCAUCGUCGCCUAGUAUGGCCUAAACAUAACUCCAGACCCACCAUGUGGUUGACUCUUAAUGGCCUCAAUUUAGGGGCAGUUAGGGGUGGGCAAUAAAAUGCAGAGAUGUUCAUGUCCCUAACCUGGAUAUUCAACUAUUUAAUUCUGGGAAAGUUUGUUGGUGGGUUUGUGCAGGGCAAGAGGAGGAAGAGCAGUGAUUGAGUGGGCAUGGUUAUAAUGGGCUAAAUGGCCUCCGUGCUGUGAGAUUCUAAGUUCUGCUCCUUUUUGCCGAGAGGAAGAGUAUAAUUGGGCAUUGGGCUUAUGUAGAAGCCACGAACUGCUCCAACUUCAUUUGACCCCAGAGUGUGGAGAGCCCAUUCUUACAUCCCUUGGCUCCACUCCCCUUGAGUGACCCUUUCCGCGGGAGGUGUCCUGAACAGCAGAAGAGAAGCCUCCAAACCAGAUCACAGUGGACGUGUGUCUUAGAACUGAAUGGGGGAGGGAACCAUUGCAGCCAACGUGACCAAUAAAGGGGAUGCUCUGCUCUCCACCCCUCCCCCCCCCCUCGCUAUCUUUCCCAUUUCAGUUGCUUGGAACCGAGGGGAAGGUGGAAGACCUUCCAUUGGUCACCUUGCUCCAGUGGGUUAGUGUGGGAGCCACUUCAGGGACCACAUCUCUUCCUCGAGGUCAAAAUGAAGCCUCUCUGUCGAUCAGUCAAUGUCUAAAAUGGACCCUGGGCUGGGUGAGUCUCUGCCCCAACUGGUUAUGCACCUUUCUGGGGCUGGGACAGAUUCAGUUCCUUCCGCAAAGCGGAACUGUCUACCUUAGAGUCUGAUGUUGGGGGUGGGUGGGGGGGGGGUGGUGGUUGCCAUUUGGGUCUGGGGGGUUGGGGGGGGUUGCACAGUAGGGAGGGGAGAAACAAGAGGAGUCGAGGUCUGAGAAUUGCGCUUAUCACAGCGGAAUGGGGAGGGAUGUUAGUUAGCUUUGUACGUAUAUGUGGUUGGCUACUGGAAGUGGGAUGCUCUAUCUGUAGGUUGUCCAUUUUAUUGGCUUGUGUUUUUUACAUUAUUUUAUAUAAAGUGUAAACACUGGAUGCCUUUAUAUUAAAUAUAACUGCUUUUGGUUUGAUUCUGAUGCGGCUUGGUUUGAAUUAAUU